AUGAGAGAAUUUAAGCUUGUCGUGCUUGGAUCCGGUGGUGUUGGUAAAUCAGCGUUGACCGUUCAGUUUGUGCAGUCGAUAUUCGUCGAGAAGUAUGAUCCAACGAUCGAAGAUUCGUAUCGAAAGCAGGUCGAAGUGGACGGCAAUCAAUGCAUGCUUGAAAUCCUCGAUACUGCUGGUACUGAGCAGUUUACAGCUAUGCGAGACUUGUAUAUGAAGAAUGGCCAGGGAUUCCUCCUCGUCUUUUCUAUCACGAGUAUGGUGACACUGAAUGACCUCCAUGAGUUGCGAGAACAGAUUUUGCGCGUCAAGGAAUCGGACAAUGUACCUAUGGUAUUAGUUGGCAACAAGUGUGAUUUGGAAGAUGAACGUAUGGUCUCACGAGAACAAGCCAUGAUGCUGUCGCGUCAAUGGGGCGGAAAACCAUUUUAUGAAACCUCUGCUCGUUUCUGCACCAACGUAAACGAAGUCUUUUACGACCUUGUUAGACAAAUCAACAACCAGAUACCCGGCAAGGAUAAGCACAAGAAAAAGCUCAAGUGUUUGGUUCUCUAA